GCCGUGUUCUCUGUGUUAGGGGGAAGGAAAAGGCAGCAGGACAGAGGACGUUCUUUCCCCGGUUAGCUAACGUGCAGUUGUUUUGAAGGAUAUUCGUUUCCAGCUGUGUUUUGCGUGUUUUAUCUUCAUUUUGUGCACUUUCUAAUCUCCUCGGGAGUCAAUAAUAAACAGUGGAAGACAUUUUGGUGUUUUUUUAUCCUGACACGCGCUCAGACCUCUGACUCCGGGUUUUGACGUCCCUGUCCGGAGUGGGACCGGGGUUUGCAUGGCUCCACCAUGAGGAUUGCCCGCAGCCUACAGCAGCUGCAGGGUCUGCGGCUGCUCCGGGGGUCAUGGCAGCCGGCCCGGGUUCUCCAGCCGGACCCCCACAGUCCAUCCGCCGCGAGAAGCACCCCACAGCACCGGGGUUUCCACAGCAGUCCAGCUUUUGCGAAGGACCCCCGUGUUCCCGAACGCUUUGUGAGCGAGGACGACAAAAAGAGGCCGAAGUCUCUGGUCCUACACGACAAUCUGUUUGAGCAGAUAGCCAUGGGCCCCAAAAGCAAAGCCACCUUCACCAAGGUGAUCGACGUCUUCAACAAGAGAGACAUAAGGCGGCGGGGUCACGUGGAGUUCAUCUAUGCUGCUCUGAAGAAGAUGCCGGAGUUUGGAGUGGAGCGAGACCUCAGCGUAUACAACAAGCUGUUGGAUGUUUUCCCCAAAGAGGUGUUUGUGCCCACCAACUUCAUCCAGCGAAUGUUCAACCACUAUCCCAGACAGCAGGAGUGUGGAAUCGAGCUGCUGGAGCAGAUGGAGAACUAUGGUAUCAUGCCCAACGUUGAGACCAAAGUCCUCCUUGUGCAGAUCUUUGGAGAGAAGAGUCACCCCAUGAGGAAAUAUCAACGAAUUAUGUACUGGUUCCCCAAGUUCAAGCAUUCAAACCCGUUCCCCAUCCCCCGACAUCUGCCUGAAGACCCGGUGGACCUGGCCCGCCUCAGCUUGACCCGGAUUGCUAACGACCUGGACGCUAAGGUUACUGUGCAUCAGCUGCCGUGUACAGAGGUCACCGAGACUGGAGAAGAAGUCCACCUUCCAUACAUUUUAGGAAUCCAGAGCCCCAGUCAGAGGGAGCUGCUGGCGAAACACAACCCCAGCAGGCCGCUGUUCGUGGAGGGGCCCUUCCCCCUGUGGCUGAGGAGCACCUGUGUCCACUACUACAUCCUCAGAGCUGACCCCCCCCUGCCUGAAGAGAAGGUCGAAGAACCCUACGACCCAGAGAGGAGUUUCUACUACCCCUUGCAGCUGGACUUCAGCCUGGACCGGGACUUCUGGGACGAGGAGGAUUUUGACGUAGAAGAUUUGGAUGAGGGUCCCGUCUUCGCCAUGUGCAUGACCAGUCAGGGAGACCAGACCACGCUGGGUCAGUGGAUCUCUGACCUGCAGCUGAACAACCCCAUCCUGGGCCGGGUUCCGACUCUGUUUCGUUUGGACCCCGGACCGCAGCACCUGCAGAGGGGAGACGAGGAAGAGUCCGACCACGGUCAUCAGCUUCACGAGGAGUCCGACAAAGACGAUCCUCAACCUGGAGAAGACACCGAGACGGUUCUGGAAGAAGAGCCCAGGAGGAGCACCGUGAAGCAAUGAACUCCUGCAGGAGGAGCUUUCUGCGCUCUAGAGAAACGGUCCCAGAUCAGGACAGACUGACGCGGCUUUCAUCUACAGUAAAAGCAGGGUCACUAGGACGUCAUUACAGUUCAGUCUAUGAAUAAAAUGAUAUUUUGUUUUGAAAUGGAGGCUGUUCCUGUCCAACGUUCUGAACUGUCCUGUGUUUGAUCCUCAACAGCUGCUCUCUUUCAGGCUUCAUGCUAAUCAGCAGUCAAUGUACAAUGUAGAAAUGACAACAAAUGAUUUAAAUCAAUAAACCUCAAAGUUUGUAGUUAUUGUAGAUAUACAUGUUAAACUUUA